AUGGCCCCGCUCCACAAGUCCACGGUGCUCCAAGCUGCCACACCACAAGGCCCCUCUGUGGCUAACGCACCCAUGGCCCUCACCAGUUCAAUUAGCCACAAGGAGGAGGAAGAAGAAGCCACGGAGAGCAGCGAAGAAGGCGGUGAGAUGGACGACGUUAUGAGCGGCGGAGAGCCUGAAAGCUCCAAGGACGAUUCAUUGGAGUCGUACCUCAAGACGCUCAAGAAGUACAAGACGCCAGUGAAGACGGGACUCCGCGGCAUCAACGUCAUCCACGACCCACUUUACAACAAGGGCACGGGCUUCCCCCGCGUCGAACGCGACCGACUCGGUCUUCGAGGUUUGGUGCCUCCCCGUCGCCUCACAGUGGAGGCUCAGCUGGACAAGAUGUACGCCAUCUUCUCGCAGACGCUCUACUUCCGCCUCGUGAUCAAGCACAUGAAGGAAAUGGCUCCGAUCGUGUACACGCCGACGGUGGGUCUGGUGUGCCAGAAAUUCGGGUAUCUGUUCCGUCGCCCGCGCGGCGUGUUCUUCAGCACGAAUGACCGCGGCCGAUUCGGUGCCAUGGCGCACAACUGGCCUUGCGACAACGUGGAGGUGAUCGUGGUCACGGACGGCAGCCGUAUCCUGGGUCUAGGCGAUUUGGGCGCGAACGGCAUGGGCAUCCCCAUUGGCAAGUUGGCGCUGUACACGGCUGCGGGUGGCAUCGACCCACGCAAGGCCCUCCCGGUAAUGUUGGACACGGGCACCAACAACCAGAAGCUGCUGGAGGACCCGUACUACCUGGGCGUGCAGCACCCACGCGUCACCGGUCAAGCAUUCUGGUCCAUGGUGGACGAAUUCAUGUGCGCGGUUCGCUCGCGUUGGCCGAAGGUGCUGGUGCAGUUCGAGGACUUCUCAAGCGACCACGCGGCCGACGUGCUAAACGCGUACAGACUGAAGCCAUUGUGCUUCAACGACGACAUCCAAGUCACAGGCGCGACAGUGCUGGCUGGAGUCUUGUGUGCGUGUGACCAGGUUCAGAUCCCGCUGAAGGACCAGCGCAUCGUCAUUCUCGGAGCUGGCAGUGCCGGUCUGGGUGUGGCCGCUACGCUGCUCCAGGGUAUGGUCCGCGAGGGUAUGACGACGGAGGAGGCCCGUGAUCGCUUCUAUCUGCUGGACCAGUUCGGUCUCAUGGGCGAGUGCCGCGAGGGUCUCAACUCGGCGCAGCAGUUCUUCUCGCGCAAGGGCGACAUCGCGGACAAGACGCAGCUUCUUGAUGUGAUUAAGCACGUGAAGCCCACGCUGCUCAUGGGUCUCAGUGGUGCCGCCGGUGCCUUCACGCAAGACGAGGUGGAGGAGAUGGCCAAGCACACUGAGCAUCCGAUCGUGUUCCCGCUGUCGAACCCCACGUCCGAGUGGACCAAGGCCAAGUGCGUAUUCGCGAGCGGCAGUCCGUUCCCGCCCGUCGUGUACAAUGGCGUCGAGUAUCACAUCAGUCAGUGCAACAACAUGUUCACCUUCCCGGGUGUGGGUCUCGCUGCGUCGGUUAUCCAGGCCACGCGCGUGACGGACGGCAUGCUGUAUUCGGCUGCUAAGGCGCUGUCAAAGUGCUUGAGUGCCGAGGAGGUCGUGAGCCGCCAAGUGUUCCCGUCCGUAGAGAACAUUCGCGAUGUCUCGCUCAAGGUGGCCACGGCGGUGUGUGAAACCGCGAUCGAGGAGGGCGUUGCCAAUUUCUUGCCGACGAUCUGCUAUGGCGCGACUCUGGAGAGCUACGUUGCAUCCAAGAUGUACUAUCCGUCAUACCACACACUGGUUGAGUAAGGAUAUCAGAGCAAGUUGACU